AUGAUUAUCACAUCUCAUGCCUUUUCUGGUUCUCUUUCAGUGGAUGGCUGCAUUGACUGGUCAGUAGAUCUCAAGACGUACAUGGCUUUGGCAGGUGAACCAGUCCGAGUAAAAUGUGCCCUUUUCUACAGUUACAUUCGCACCAACUAUAGCAUGGCACAGAGCACUGGGCUCAGGCUUAUGUGGUACAAAAACAAAGGUGAUUUGGAAGAGCCCAUCAUCUUUUCGGAGGUCAGGAUGAGCAAAGAAGAUGAUUCAAUAUGGUUUCACUCAGCUGAGGCACAAGACAGUGGAUUCUACACUUGUGUUUUAAGAAAUUCCACAUAUUGCAUGAAGGUGUCAAUGUCCUUGACUGUUGCAGAGAAUGAAUCAGGCCUGUGCUACAAUAGCAGGAUCCGCUAUUUAGAAAAAUCUGAAGUCACUAAAAGAAAGGAGAUCUCCUGCCCAGACAUGGAUGACUUUAAAAAGUCCAAUCAGGAACCUGAUGUUGUGUGGUACAAGGAAUGCAAGCCAAAAAUGUGGAGAAGCAUAAUAAUACAGAAAGGAAAUGCUCUUCUAAUCCAGGAAGUUCAAGAAGAAGAUGGAGGAAAUUACACGUGUGAACUUAAGUAUGAAGGAAAACUUGUAAGACGAACAACCGAAUUGAAAGUUACAGCUUUACUCACAGACAAGCCUCCCAAGCCAUUGUUCCCCAUGGAGAAUCAGCCAAGUGUUAUAGAUGUCCAGCUGGACUCAGAUAAGGAUACAAGGGGUUGA